AUGUGGCUGAACGAAGCGGUGUACGACCCAUCCCCGUUUGUACAGGCAGGCAUUGCCCAUUUGGACCUCGAGUUUCCAGAUGGGACGAAACCACCCCGCGACAUCCUGAAGCAAUUCCUCACAGCAUUUGCAGCCACCUCCGGCGCUGUCGCGAUACAUUGCAAAGCGGGACUUGGGCGCACAGGAACGUGCAUUGGGUGCUACAUGAUGAAGCACGAUGGGUUCAAGGCAAAUAAUACCAUCGGGUGGCACAGGUGA